AUGACUGCGGCAAGCGUCUCCUUCGAGCCAUUGAGCCGCUUGUCCAUUUUGCUGAAAUAUGCUGUAACGGCUUUCUUCUUAUCCUUCGUUAUCUAUCUUCUUCAGAAUGAAUUGAUACGCUAUCGAAGUCGAAUUAGGAAGCUUCCUGGACCCCGAGGCUGGCCGGUGGUUGGAAACCUCUUUCAGCAUCCCAAGGAGGUAACGGCAGAGACAUACAGAAAGUGGGCACAAACCUACGGGCCAGUGUUCCAAAUCCAGCUUGGCAACACCACCGCCGUGAUUGUGAGCUCAGUAGAAUCCGCGAAGCAGCUUUUUCUAGGCCAGAGACAUGCCACGAUCUCCAGGCCAACUUUCUACGUCUUCCACAACAAGGUCAGCAAAGCUGUGACCAGCAUCGGGACCAGCCCGUGGGAUGAUUCCUGCAAGCGUCGCCGUAAGCUCGCGGCUGGUGCACUGAACCGACCUCGUGUAGAGAGCUAUGCACCAAUUUUGAACCUGGAGGCGCGGGAGUUCCUCAAAGAUCUAUAUUCUGAGUGUCGAGAUGGCUCGGUUGAAAUCGACUUUCGUCCUGCUGUUAGACGGUUUGCCCUUAACCUCAGUCUCACCCUGAACUAUGGAACCCGUGUGUCGAAGGUCAAAGCCCUCGAAGACGAUCCUUUAUUGGCUGAGAUCAUUUACGUCGAGUCAGAAAUAUCCAAAUUCCGUGACAUCGGAAGAAACUAUGCCAACUACAUUCCCUUGCUUCGGUAUUGGGAGCCACUUACAGCAUUCCUAGGUCUCAACAGAAACCCCAUGAGCCACGCAGCUGAUAUCGGCCGCCGCAGAUUGGAGUAUAAUGACGUGCUUUUAAACAGACUGAAGGAAGAGGUGUCAAGAAACGAAGACAAGCCGUGUAUUCAGGGGGCGGUGCUAAGAGACCCAGAGUCGGCAACCCUGACUCGCGAGGAGCUGAUCAGUGUUAGCUUGAGCAUGAUGGCUGGAGCGGAUUCAAACCAACCAACUCUGGCCUGGGCUAUUCUGCUGCUUGCGCAUCGUCCUGAUAUCCAAGAAAAGGCGUACUUGGCUAUAAAGGACGCAGGUGUUCUUCGGCUGCCGUCCAAUGCAUACGCUUCUACUAAGAUUGACUAUAUCGAUGCACUUACAAAGGAAAUUUCGCGUUACUUUGUCGUACUGAAGCUAGCAUUACCUAAAGCCACAUAUUCGGAUACCGCUUGGGGCUCGGCAACGAUCCCUGCCAAUACAUUGGUCUUCCUGAAUUCCUGGGCUUGCAACAGAGAUCCGAAUCUCUUUACCGAGCCUGACGCUUUUGCUCCCGAGCGUUGGCUGCCUGAUGCGCCCGACCAAUAUGCACAUCAGUUUGCUUUUGGCAUUGGUGGGCGCAUGUGCGUUGCGUCUCACCUGGCACAUAACGCUCUCUACACCGCUUUUCUUCACUUGAUUGCCCACUUCCAGAUGCUACCAGCGGAUGGGAAAACAUCUGAUGAGAUUGACCCGAUUAAGGGAUUAAAAGGGAUAACCUUUGUGGCGACUCCGAAGGGCGCUCGGGCACGAUUUGUGCCGAGACAAGGCAAAACCUUGGGGACUUGGCUGAAUAGCACGGACAAGGAAAGUUCCUGA